GAGACUGUACGGCAGGGCCUGUGAGCGGGUGCGCGGGGUACGUGCGGGUGCGCGCGGUUGGGAGGGGGAGCGGUGGACCUACGGACUGUCGCGCCCGCUGGGUCUUCAGGAAGUAGGGUGGCGCGGCGGGGAAAGGCCUCUUCCGCUCUAGUGUACAGAGCCCAAUGUGGAGGUCGCGGGGCGCCACGCCUCGGCUGACCGCCGGCUGAUUCAUUGGGCUUUCCGUGGGCGCUUUCUCUUCCUCGCGGUCGGUCGCCUGAGGGUCUCACUUCGGUCCAGCACCUGUUGCGGGGGGCAAGACAGCCAUUUCAGGGCCUGGGUCCCCGCUGGGUUUCUCUGAGUUGAAGCGGAGGUGGAAGGAAACACGGUGUUUAUCCUCCCCAGUGGUCUGGAUGAGGGGAACUCAGCCCUGAUGGGAAACGCCGCUCUUUGAAAUCUCCAUUCCAAAUGUGUACUUGGUGACUUUCUUCCCAGAUGCUGAGGUGCCUGGAUCCCUGGCGCAGGCCUUUACUGAGCUGCAGUUGGAGUAGGCUGUGCCUUGUGAAGCAGUAUUUGUUUACAAUGAAGUUGCAGUCUCCAGAAUUCCAGUCACUUUUCACAGAAGGAUUGAAGACUCUGACAGAAUUAUUUGUCAAAGAAAAUCAUGAACUGCGAAUAGCAGGAGGAGCAGUGAGGGAUUUAUUAAGUGGAGUAAAGCCUCAGGAUGUGGAUUUUGCCACCACUGCCACCCCCGUGCAGAUGAAGGAGCUCUUCCAGUCGGUUGGCAUCCGUAUGAUUAACAAUAAAGGAGAAAAGCACGGAACGAUUACUGCCAGGCUUCAUGAAGAAAAUUUUGAAAUUACUACACUACGGGUUGAUGUUGCCACCGAUGGAAGACACGCUGAGGUUGAAUUCACAACUGACUGGCAGAAAGACGCUGAGCGCAGAGAUCUAACUAUAAAUUCUAUGUUUUUAGGUUUUGAUGGUACUUUAUUUGACUACUUUAAUGGUUAUGAAGAUUUAAAAAAUAAGAAAGUUAGAUUUGUUGGACAAGCUAAACAGAGGAUACAAGAAGAUUAUCUUCGAAUUUUAAGAUAUUUCAGGUUUUAUGGGAAAAUUGUAGAUAAACCUGGUGACCAUGAUCCUGAGACUUUGGAAGCAAUUGCAGAAAAUGCAAAAGGCUUGGCUGGAAUAUCAGGCGAGAGGAUUUGGGUGGAACUGAAAAAAAUUCUUACUGGUAACCACGUAAAUCAUUUGAUUCACCUCAUGUAUGAUCUUGAUGUGGCUCCUUACAUAGGAUUACCUGCCAAUGCAAGUUUAGAAGAAUUUAACAAAGUCAGUAAAAAUGUUGAAGGUUUUUCACCAAAGCCAAUGACUCUCUUAACCUCAUUAUUCAGAGUACAGGAUGAUGUCACAAAAUUGGAUCUGAGGUUGAAGAUUUCAAAAGAAGAGAAGAAUCUUGGUUUAUUUAUAGUUAAAAACAGGAAGGAUUUAAUUAAAGCAAAAGACAGUUCAGAACCACUGAAACCCUAUCAAGACUUUAUCAUAGAUUGUAGAGAAUCUGAUGCAACUGCUCGUGUAUGUGAGCUCCUCAAGUACCAAGGAGAGCACUGUCUUCUGAAGGAGAUGCAGCAAUGGUCCAUUCCUCCAUUUCCUGUAAGUGGCCAUGACAUCAGAAAAGUGGGCAUUUCUUCCGGAAAAGAAAUUGGGGCUCUCUUACAACAGUUGAGAGAACAGUGGAAGAAAAGUGGUUACCAAAUGGAAAAAGAUGAACUUUUAAGUUACAUAAAGAAGACGUAAAAUUGAUGAGAACUGGCCACUAAAAAGUAGAAAAUGUUUGGUAAGCUUAGUUUUUUUGCCCCCUCCUUAGUGACAAUUAAGAGAUUUGAAUAUGUAGCAAAAACAAAAAAACAAACCAAAAAACCAGCUUCGAGGAUCUAUUCAGAAGAAUAAAUGUCUUAUUUUAUGAAAUAAAUUAUAUUUCGGGCACUAAAGUCUACCUCCUCUUAGUCUGAUUUAUAUCACUGAACCUUGUAAUUCUUUACAAAUAGUUACUACUGAGAAAAGUACAGUUGGCUUCUCCUGUCUGUCCAGGCUUUUUUAAAAAAUUAAGACUUUAAAUUUGGUUUUUUGUUUUUGCAUAGGGCAGUACUAAGACUGAUCCUAAGAAGAAAAAAAUGCUUAAUAUUUGCAAUUGAAAUAACUUGGUUAACUUUAUAUAAUGAUUGUGUAAUGAUAGGUGUCAGCUUAUCUAAUCUCCAGAACAAACAUUUGCCUGCAAAGAAAAUAACAAAUUUGCAUAAAAUACCAUUUGUAAAAUAUGAAGAUCAGCUGUGUCCCAGGUGGCUGUCAUUCCUACAUUCAGGACUUGUUCAGGAAAGCUGGAUUUUAGUUUGUUGUUGAUACUUUUUUCUCCAUCACAAUGAUUUUCUUUUUUCCUGCUAAGCCUGGGAGCCUGUUAUUUUAAUAAACAUUUCCUUUGGAACUGUAAGAUAAAGGUGGUAUCUGACACUAUAUAUCAGGUGCCAGACAUAGUAAUAGUACUCUUGUCACUUUAAGAAAAAGCUUAUGGCCUACAUUUGCUCUUUAAAGAUUUGAGCCCAUCUGCUGUCAGUGGGUGAAGAGGUGUAUGGCAAGUAUGGUCUAUUUCAGCUGCUAUAUUCUCAUAUUUUAUAAUCGAUUUUCCUUUCUCCGUAGCCAGUCACAGCAUCUUUGUGCGCUGUGGGCAAAAAGUGGUUUUGCAAAGCAUAUUUCUGUUAAAGCCCAGAUAAGAGGAAGUAUGAAAAAAGUGUGAGGUUAUGUUGCAAGAAAGGGAGCCUCAGAAACGACUAUACACAGAUCAGUAAUAUAUUUUGAGGAGUUCCCGUGGUGGCUCAGUGGUUAACGAAUCCGACUAGGAACCAUGAGGUUGCAGGUUCUAUCCCUGGCCUUGCUCAGCGGGUUACGGAUCCAGUGUUGCCAUGAGCUGUGGUGUAGGUUGCAGACGUGGCUCGGAUCCCGAGUUGCUGUGGCUCUGGCAUAGGCCGGAGGCUACAGCUCCGAUUUGACCUCUAGCCUGGGAACCUCCAUAUGCUGCAGGAGCAGCCCUAGAAAAGACAAAAAAAAAGAUAAUAUAUAUAUAUACACACACACACACACACACACACACAUAUUUUGAAAUACACAAAUAUUUUAGUACUAUUAAGAUAUAUAUUUGAACCCAGCAUUGUUGAAUCCCUACUAGUAUAUAUAGACGUAUGUACAUUCAGCUCUUUCAGCAGUCAGGUUUUGUUUAUGUAUUAAAAUAGUAUUAGAUGCAUGUUUUUAUUUACCAGAAAAUUUUAUUUGCAAGUGUCAGUAAAUAAUAUAGAACAUUCUGAGAUAGCACUCUUCAGGGGACAAGUGUAAAAGCAAUGGUCCUUCACUACACCCGGUUUAGAUAUGUGAAAAUAUGUGCCAUGCUACUGCAAAGAACUCCCUGGAAUCCCUUUAGAGGAAGUUUUAGUUCAGUGUAAGACCAUAUGAACAAAUAGUAAAGCCAUAAAGAAACCAAGAUUAUUAUUAGUUGUAAUAAGUAAAGGUUAGAAAGAAAUUACCGUCUGGGGCAUAGCAAGUGUGGCUAGGGUAUAUGCUAAACAAUGGACAGUGUUCUUGAGUUGCUUUUCAUUUACUCCCUUUACAUAAAUAUGCAACAUGAUACAAAAUUGAGGUUUCCAAUCUAGGCAAUCAGAACCAUUGCAUGUUUGGAAAAAGACAAAAUAUUGAUAAAUUAAAACAUAAACUUAACAGUUCAUUUUUGGCUGCAUACACGUACCUGAUUAGCUGAACUUUUCUCAGUGAAUUAGGUAAAGCAGUGAAUGACAUCCACAUCACACAAAUGUGAAAUGAGCCCAUAAACCCUUGAAUGUUUAAGCAAAGAGGUAGGUGGCAAAUCAAUCCGCCUGGAACUUUAUCUUAAAAACUAUUUCUUACACCUAAAUUAUCUGCUUAUGAGUAGAUAUUUUACAUUAUUUAAGCAAAGAACAUGUUUUAUUUUUGCUCUUAAAAUGUACUUAGAGUUUCUUCAAUUUACACUGAACAAAACAGCCUAUAAAAUAAAUUAUACAUCCAGGUGUAUGAAGGGGACAUGUCCUAGCAUCUGUGCUCCAUAGUAGUUUAUAUUCCAAUUACACUUUGGGACAAUAACCAAACAAAUAGUGAACAAAUACACAAAAUGCUAUUUUUCACUAACAAACAUGUUAGGAACUGAAAAUUUUAUUUUGGGGCUCAAACCGAAUAUUAUAACUCUUUUAAUAUUUUCAAAAUUUACAAAUCAGUAUCUCGGGAACUAAAGAAAAUCAAAAUGAACAAAGCCCUUUUAAAAUAAUGUACAUUGCCUUGCCUCUUUCAAAAAGGAAUAGGUACCUGUGCUUGGCACCCCUUGCUUUUGGAACUUCCGCUGUUUGGAGCACUGAUCCAAACUUUGUUCCAGGUGUCAGGAUCAAAUGAUAAACCCCUUCUUACUACUGGUGACAUGCUACCAGGCAUAUCAGACACCACAGGAUAAUGGCACCAAGCUACUAAAGUAGACAUUCCUAAAAACCAAGUAUUCUAGACUGUUUCUCAUCCUCUUCAAUAGUAUAUUUUAGUUUAAAUCUUCAAAUACUGUUUGACUAAGAAACUGCAACCUUCCAAGUAAUGUUGCCUUUUACUUAGGUAUGCAUCAAAAGCAGUAAUAUCCAAAGCAGAUCUGAUGUUAGAAUAUCCAUUUGUUAAAUAACUAUCUCUAGCAUAUUUGUUUAUAAGCAGAGUAUUACUUUGUCUGGGCUUAUGUCAUCUUCAGUGUCUGGGAUUGUGGGCAACAGAGCAGAUCGAGUCAAACCCCAGAAUUUUUGAGGUGACAUGUCUUUCUUGGUGGCUGUAAACUUCCAUCCAAUAUGGCUCGCACAGAUCUUACACUGAGCAAUGGUCCAAGCAUACCUACAAAGUUAAGGAAAGGCAUCAGGUAAGGAAAUACAUCCUGUAUUCCAGCCUAUCAGCAUAUAAACCUGUUAGGAAGACAAAGCUUAUAGCUAAAUUCUAAAGGUGGGAGAGUAGAAAUACUCUGAGCUUUGAUUUGUACAGUCCCUUGAUCUGUACAAUUCCACGAAACAAACCUCACAAAAAGAUUUUCUAAUGUGUGUGGUUCUUCAUGGUAAUGGCUCCAGUCUUUAUAAAUAAAAGUAACUUGAUUGUGCUGUUAAGCUAUGCUUGAAUUUUUCUUCAAUGCCAAGAAAGAAAAAAAGAAUCUUAUUAAUAUGGAUUUCUUUAUACAGACUGCUGAUCGUGGAAACUACAUUCUAAAUUGCACCUGUGUUUUCUUUGUUGUUUUGUAUUCCAGUUAAAAAACAGCAACCACCUGUAGAAAUAUACAUUUCUGUGUGAGGUAAAACUAGGGGGGAGACAAGUGUAUUUCUCAUAUAAAAUUUAAGGACUGCUCUUCUAAAAUAAGAAUGAUUUUGCUAGAUAAUUUUAAGAAAAAUACAAGCCAUGGCAUUACAGAGGAAAAAAACCAAAACCCCAAACCAUGUAAUUGCAACCAUUUCCUUACUUUUCCCCUUGAUAUAGCCCACAUUUAAUAUUUAUACUAACAAGUUAAUUUUGGUUUUAGUCCUUAAGGGUAUCAAAUAGGACUGGACAGUCCAAGUGAUAUGGUUCUAGGUCCAGAAUAGCAAGUAUAAUCACUAAUCCUGACUUGGCUUGCUUCUUUCACAAUAAAAAGGCUGAGCCAGUAUUUGGACUCAUAAAAAGGUUCCUGCAAAUAUGGCUGAAGGAAUCUAACAAGUUCUCAGGUGGUAUAGUGUUGGUCAUAUUUCAAAGGCCACUGGGCUAAAGCAAAAAAAAAAAAAAAAAAA